AUGAAAGACAGUGGUAAGAUCAAAAUAAUGAAAUUCUCACCCGAUCAACGAAUUGCGAGUAUUCAAUGCGAGGAAUCUUCAGUGGAUUUCAUAUGCCUUUCAUCAACCGCUGAUGAUUUGGUCACAACACAAUUCUCACAGUCCACAAAAAUGCGCUCAGCUCGCAUUGUUGGCCUAGAAUGGCUCACGAACAAUCAAUUGCUAUUCGUAACUAAUCAGGGACUGGAACUUUACCAGGUGAACGUUGAGAAGAAGAAUACAAAACUUUUAAAGACAUACAACAUAUCACUUUAUUGGUUCAUUUAUUACAAUGGUAGUUUGCAUCGGUUAACAAAAUUCGAAGUUGAUUUUGGGAGUUCGAACGCGAAGACGAAUCUGAUCGAGCGUGAAGUUACAGUUGCAUCCAUGUAA